AUGCCACCCACAAAAGUAACUUCUCCCUGGGAGAAGCUUUACGAGCUCGAGUGCCGCAAGUUCAAAGAAGACCUGGCGCUCCAAGCCUACAUUCUCAGGGAAGACCCAGAGAAGCGAGGAAUCGAACGCAUUAGCCAUGUUUGCAAAGAGCUCCGCCGUCUCUCUGAGAAACCCGAUGUUAUCAAAGAAGCAGCACUAGGAAUGGCCGAGUACAGUCCUAGGUGUGCAUUCGUUCUGAAAGCACCUAGAAAAUGGCUUUUCUCGAAGUCGGGUGAUCCAGAUAUCGCACAGGCUUGCACCCUUAUGGAGUGUAGUCUAGACCGAAUGGCGCUGGAGCUUAGAUCUGAUGCUCUCAUUACCUACGCCGUUGCUGGUCAUCUGCGGCAAAUGAUUGAGGAUAUUGAAAAAGACUUUCUUUAA